AUGGGAUUCAUGUAUUUCCUCUUCAUAUCCGGGGUGAAAAUGGACAUAUCUACGAUAAGAAAAGCCGACAAAAAGAAUUGGUACAUUGCGAUAGUCGGUAUAGUUGUGCCGCUCUGUUGCGGCGUAGGUGUUGCGAUUGCCGUGAGGAAAUCUCUGGGCAAAGAGAUGUCGAAAGCUUCCUCGAUACUCGGGAUAACUUCUUCACUAGCUAUCACAGCGUUCCCCGUUCUUUAUCGCAUAGUGAAGGAGCUGAAUCUACUCAGCUCCGAAAUCGGGAAAAUGGCACUAUCGACAGCGAUAAUAAGUGACGUGAUCGGAAUGAACGGCGUCGUCAUAUUCGAGGCGUCCAAGCAAGGGGAGCACAGGGCAAUAGCAGCUUUGUGGUACAUGAUUUCGUUGGCAGUCGUGCUGGUGUUCAUCAUAGUCGGACUCAGGCACGCCAUGAUGUGGAUUGUCCGAAAUACCCCUAAAGGGAAGCCGGUGGAUCAGAUCUACGUGGUUGCAAUACUGGGGGGCGUUUUGGUCGUUGGAUUUUUCUCGGAUAUGCUUGGGCUGGCAGUAGCCAAUGGGCCUUUGUGGCUCGGUUUGGCUGUACCGGACGGCCCCCCAUUGGGGGCCAUUCUUGUGGAGAAGAGCGAGACGAUCGUGAUGGAUAUUCUCAUGCCCUUUUCGUUUAUGUAUGUCGGCAUGAUUACCGAUCUUUCUUCCAUGAGCGGCCAUUGGUCGCAUUUGGAACCGCUUCUUUACAUGGUGUUAGUUGGUUACGCCGUCAAAAUGCUGUCGACGCUCUUCACUUCUCGUUUCUUGGGCAUGACGAUUCGAGAUAGUCUCACCCUCAGCUUGAUAAUGAGUUUAAGGGGUGAGGUGGAACUUCUCUUGUUUAUGCACUGGAUGGAUUUUAAGAUGAUAAUGCAGCCCGAGUUCACAAUUCUUGUGCUACUGUCACUGGCUGUGACCGCUGUGGCGUCACCCUUAAUCAGCAUAAUCUACGACCCGACGAGGCCCUACAUGGUGGACACGAGGCGUAACAUCCAGCACACGCCUCCCAACACCGAGCUCCACAUAGUGGCCGGCAUUCACGGCGAAGAGAAUCUCAGCGGGCUCAUGAAACUUCUCGAGCUCUUUAAUCCGACGUCGAGCAGCCCUCUCUCCGUGCACGCCCUGUGCCUGGUCGAGCUCCUCGGCCGCGCGAAUCCUGUGUUCAUCGACCACGACCAAGAAGACGAGAAACGAGACGAGGGAUCGAAGUCGAGCUCCAUACGCAACGCGCUGAAGAUAUUCGAGGAUGCUAGAAACGGGUGCGUCAAGAUACACUCGUACACGGCGAUCUCGCCCAAGAGGAGCAUGUACCAAGACGUGUGCGAGCUGGCGCUCACGAAGCAGGCGUGCCUGAUUAUUCUACCGCUCCACAAGAAAAUAGCGGACAACCUGAGAGCGACGACGAUGAACAGGCAGCGCUUUCAGUCCGUGAGUUCGAACGUGCUCUCGCACGCGCCUUGCUCGGUGGGGAUUCUAGUGGACAAGACCCCUUGCCGAAACCUAAUCGGCGGCGUGUUGAGAAGUUCGACGGACCACCACUUUGUCGUCCUUUUCUUGGGCGGUGCGGACGCGAGGGAGGCGCUCUCUUACGCGGACCGAAUGGCGGGAAACACUCGGAUUUCACUAACGGUGAUUAGAUUUCUCUCGCACGAGGACGAAGGGGAUAAUCACGUGGAGAAGAAGAUGGACGAUGCUCUCGUGACUUGGUUUUGGGUGAAGAAUGAAGGGAACAGACGAGUCGUUUAUCGAGAGGUGGUGUCGAAGAAUGGGGAGGAAACGAUUGAUGCUAUUCAGGCGAUGAAGAAUGAGCCGUACGAUCUUUGGAUCGUGGGGAGAAAGUACGGGAUAAAUCCGGUUCUUUUGAAAGGGCUGUCGAAUUGGAGCGAGAACGCCGAGUUAGGAAUUAUAGGGGAGUAUGUUGCCUCGUUGGAUUUCGGGAGUAGGGCUUCGGUUUUGGUUGUGCAGCAGCAAAUCUUGAGAGGGCAAGAGAAGGCUUCGCAUAAUCCGGUUAGAAGUUUUUCGUUUUGUACAAAGUAGGGUUACGUAUGCAUGUAAAAAGAAGUCUAAUGCAGGUUUUUGUGCACAUUUUAGAGCUACACACACACACAUUAAAUUACUUUAUUGUAUGUACAAUUCUGCUCUUUUUGUUCAGAGAAACCGUAAAAAUCGUUUCAA